AUGUCUCCGUGCCCGUUCAGUGGACAAAAGGCCGAGGACUGUGGCUGGAUCUGCCAGGGCGAUGAUCUCCUGGACCUGUUCAACUGGGCGAAGGAGAACAAGUUCGCGAUUCCCGCCGUCAACUGCGUCUCCUCCUCCUCGAUCAACUCUGUCCUCGAGGCGCCGCUCUCCCCUGAUGACGACCAGCGUCACGGCUCUUUGGAAGCGGCGAAGGUGUCUCAGAACCCUGUCAUCAUUCAGAUCUCGCAGGGCGGCGGCGCCUUCUACUGUGGCAAGGGCAUCAAGGACACAGACUACCAAGCGACGAUUGCCGGCUCCGUCUCGCUCGCGCUCCACACCCGCACCGUCGCGCCGCUGUACAAGGUGCCGGUCGUCAUCCACUCGGAUCACUGCGCCAAAAAGCUGCUCCCCUGGUUCGACGGGAUGCUGGAGGCCGACGCGAACUACGCCAGGGCCAACGGUGGGAAACCGCUCUUUUGCUCGCACAUGCUCGACCUCUCGGAGGAGACGGACGACGAGAACAUCGCCACCUGCGUCGACCGGUUCACAAAGAUGCAAAAGGACGGGAUGAAGCAGUGGCUCGAGAUGGAGAUCGGCAUCACCGGCGGCGAGGAGGACGGCGUCGACAACAGCAACGUCGACCCCGAGAAGCUGAUGACCACGCCUGCUCAGAUCCACGCGGUCUACAGCGCGCUGUCGCCCAUCGCGCCCUACUUCUCGAUCGCGGCCGCCUUUGGCAACGUGCACGGCGUGUACAAGCCUGGCAACGUCGUGCUCAACCCAACGAUCCUCGGCAAGCACCAGGCGUACGUCGGAGAGAAGACGGGGAAGGCGACUCCGCUCUACCUCGUCUUCCACGGCGGCUCGGGCUCGACCAAGCAGGAGAUCAAGACGGCGGUGAGCAACGGCGUAGUCAAGAUGAAUAUCGACACCGACACGCAGUGGGCGUACUGGACGGGCCUGCGCGACUACUUCUUCAAGAACUGGGACAGCUUGAUGCUGCAAGUCGGCGUGGUGUCGGUGGGAGGCGAUCCGGACAAGCCGAACAAGAAGAAGUUCGACCCACGCGUUUGGCUGCGGGCGGCGGAGGAGACCCUCGUCGCGCGCGUCAAGCUGGCGUACGAGGAGCUCGGCGCCGUGAGUACGCUGACGCUGACGUAA